AUGAUAGUGAUGAUGGAUACAGGGUCAGCCGACGCCGCCUCACCAGCCAAGCAGAUCGCCACCCUGUUGUUACUCCGAUUCUGUGAAAGCGCGUCGGUUUGUGUUUUCAGGCUUAUCGCUUCAGUACUUAAGAGUAACAUAGAGAAAGUACUACGCUGGGCUCAUGGUAUGCCCCCCAAUUUCCUUCCCCCUUAUCCACGAUCCAUCCCAACGAAAAUGCACAAGACUCCGUUGGCUAAAUUACAUCCCACAUCCCUCGUAACGGCGUACUGGAGUUGCCUCAGACACAGUUGGGGGUAA